AUCCAAUUACUUCACCUUAUAUUCCUCAUUUAUCGAAUCAGCUUCGAAUUUUCCGACCCGAAAAAAAGAAGAAGAUCAAACUUCCGAAUGUCUUCUCCUCCGCCGGACGCUGGAACAAUUGCCGCCGUCACCGUUCGACCGUGGCCGUUAUUCAUCGAUACCGCUGCCCUCAGCCUCCCAAUCUCAUUCUCCGACGCAACAUAUCGGAUCAACAAAAACCUCCGUUAUUUCGCCGGUAAUUACGUACUAAUCAUCCUCUUUAUCCUAUUAAUCACCCUAAUUAUCCGGCCAAUUUUACUCGUGUUGUUCCUAAUCAUCUUCGCCGGUUGGAUUUAUCUCUACUUCUCCCGUAAUGAGCCGUUGGAGCUUUUUGGCUUCGAUGUUGAUGAUAGGUUCGUGUUAGGGUUUCUAAGUUUGGUGACUGUCGUUGCGCUUCUGGUUGCUAAGAUUUGGACGAAUGUUUUCGUUUCAAUUGGCUUUGGGAUUGUGAUUCUGUGUGUUCAUGGUGCACUUAGGGCUCCGGAAGAUCAGGAAGAUUCACCUUAUGGUGCUUUGCUUUCGGAAAGUCCCAGAGGGGAAUAUACUAUUGUUUGAACUUUCAUGAUUGAAUAUUGUUUUGAAUUUUAGGGGAAAAUUUGAGCUGGGUAGUGUAACUAGUAUUGUUAAAUUGAUGGAAUUGGUUUUGGUGAAUUCUUUAGAAAUGUGGAGAGUUGAAUUUGUGAAACAAUGUGGAUUUUACUUCUUUGAUGUAGUUGAAUUUCCUUGUUAUGUGCUAGAGGUAAACGAGAAUGAUGUUUUUACUCUUCUCUAGUUGUGUUAAAGAAAAAUAGGUUCUUAGACUUGUGUUUUGAGAGGGAGUACAGAAUGAAAGAUGAAGGCAAUGUGGGAUAGUUUGUUUCUUGUUUUAAAAAAGGUACAUGCAUGGUGUGAUUCUGUUUGGUUUCUA